UUUUUUCCUUUUUGUCGUUUGAUUUGUUCUAUCGAUUCGUUAUUUUUGUCUGUGUUCCUUUUUGUGAACCUUGUGAGCGUUUCUACAUACACCGAGACUGCAGCUGAGAGAUGGCUGUGAGAGAAUUGACUACCGGUUUCUCACGCUGGUGUGUGUAGAAGCUCUGAAAAGCGCCGAGAUGAGACUUUUAAAAUGAUGUUGAAAAAAUCCAUUUUAAUCGCUAAAAUGAAGUCAAAAAAGUUUCUUUUACUUUUUAAUAAUAUUUCUACGAUUAUAAGACGGCAAAAAUGCACUCUAUAAUUGAUCGAUUGCUAUAAACUGCCAAAUCAAAUUUUUCUCAGCUCCAUCGUUCUUUGCAUGCCGAAGAGAAUUCUCUCACCGAAAAUGCAUGCUGUCAGUUAUUUUCUCAGCAGCAUUCUCGGUGUAUGUAGUAACGCUCUGUGUUGUUUUUUUCUGACUGUUGCUCUGUUUAUGAGUUGUUGCGUUUAUGAGUUCGCUGACGACAAUUUAGGCUUAAAAAACAAAGCGUUGCUAGGUCAAUAAAUGCUGACUAGCUAUGUUAUGCAACGCGCCAGCGAUGCGCGCUGGUUUAACGAUUAAAUGGAAAAAUAGGCUAAGAAGAAUAGAUUAAGAAGAAUAUGCUGAUCGACGACGGUCAGCAUUUUUAGAGUAUAAAAUCAAUUGAAUAAAUUAAUGAAGCCAUUACUUGCCAAGAACCAGUUGGUGCGUUCAUUAUUGUGCUUAAGUCGGCGUGUACUGUGCCUGUCUUAAGCUGCUGCUCCGAAAGACACUUUCGUGUGCGCGACAAAUGGUGGCUCCAGAGAGGACGCAUCAACCAAUGGUUCGGAAAGUAGUCAAAUAAAUCGGGAAAUAAAAACCCGAAGUAGUAACAAGCCCGUAGAGGCGUGAAUAGACCCCACAGCAACCCAAGCAGGGUUGUGAUAGUGAAACAACGGCGACGGACGACGAUCCGGCGUAGCCGAUCUACGACAGCCAGCCCAGGAAGAAGGGCCACGCACCAGUUGCUCGACGAAGCAAAACCCGAGAAGCGCCUCGGCGGUGAGUGAGUGCAAAAGAACUGUAAGUGCAACGACACAACAGUGAAUAGAACGCGGUCAUUACCGUUAGUGAAGUGACGCAAUCGAAAGUGAACUCGAUACUGCCAACGUAUAAGGCAAAUGCUGAACUAGUGAAAAGGUGACCAAUACGCGUACGCCGCGAGCUCGACGAAGCAAAACCCGAGAAGCGCCUCGGCGGUGAGUGAGUGCAAAAGAACUGUAAGUGCAACGACACAACAGUGAAUAGAACGCGGUCAUUACCGUUAGUGAAGUGACGCAAUCGAAAGUGAACUCGAUACUGCCAACGUAUAAGGCAAAUGCUGAACUAGUGAAAAGGUGACCAAUACGCGUACGCCGCGAGCUCGACGAAGCAAAACCCGAGAAGCGCCUCGGCGGUGAGUGAGUGCAAAAGAACUGUAAGUGCAACGACACAACAGUGAAUAGAACGCGGUCAUUACCGUUAGUGAAGUGACGCAAUCGAAAGUGAACUCGAUACUGCCAACGUAUAAGGCAAAUGCUGAACUAGUGAAAAAGGUGACCAAUACGUGUACGUCGCGAGCUUCGAAAGGUGCAUCCGUUCUCGCAACGCAACAUGAAACCGUCAUUUUAGCGCCAGUAGAAAAAAAAAAAAAAAACAAAACAAACAGUUAUCGUAAAACGCGUGCGUCGCAAAUAUCGGACGUUAACUCCGACGAAACGUAUAACGAAACACGUGUGCCGCGAGCUAAAUAUUGCAUAAGGCAUCCGACGCAGUGCAACGUAGGAAGAGCAAAUUGAAGAAAUUAAUUGUGACGAGUGUAUCCAUCGUGUGUAUGACCGUCGUGUGUAUGACCGCCGACCCACGGCUAAGAAAACAUCGUUCCGGUUGAGGCAACCAUCGUUCUCGGUUUGAGGGCAACCGGCACGUAAUACGGAAGACGUCGUAUUGUAAUCCUGAGAAGACCAACAAGCAGCAGUGAAGACAUCACUCCCGAUCCAGCCGUCCCUGACCAGCCGAAUAGGAGUUGACCCUGCUGAAGCGGAUCUGAACCACGGUUGUUCCGGCGAGGCAGAGCCGAAUAUCUCAGAUAUCACCAAAACAGAAUUGGUACGGUCCGAUUGGAAAAGGGCCCAGGCAAUCACACAACAAUAUUGGCGACGGUGGAUAGCUGAGUAUCUCCCAAAGCUCUCUAUACGAGAAAAGUGGACUCAACCGGCCAAACCAUUACAAAUAGGCGAUAUUGUCACGUUUCCCGAUGAACAAAGGAAAGGAAAGUGGUUUAAAGGCCGAAUCUGCGAGCUGGUAACUGGCGUAGACGGACAAACUCGUUCAGCACGAAUCAAAGUAGGUAAUAAUGUAGUUAAUAGGCCAACUGUAAAACUAGCAGUACUCGAGGUAAAACGAGAUCAAACAUUUCCAAAUUGGGGAAAAAGGAAGGAAACAAAUCUUAACGUUAUAAAAGCUAAAGCAGAAGAACUAGCAAGUCAAAUACCAAAAAGGAAAAAGCUCAAAAUUAGGCCCGUAUCAUGGAGCUCAUCCUUAAAAUAACAAUAUACAUAGCCGCUCUGUUUAAAGUCGAAUGCUUAUCGAUCGUACCUAUCCCUGAACCAGGAAUAUACUUUGAUCAUAUUGGGACACUCCUAUUAAAAAAAGGAGCACGGGAAACGACAUUCCAUACGGGGACACGUCCGGCAAAUGAUACGGAUACGUUACAAACGUUGAAAAAACACUUAACCACAGUAUUGAACUCCGUUAAUAGUACGGACUCCGAACUCUCAGAUCUAAAAGUUACAAUCCAGCGCGAAUGCAACCAUGCAAUUCAACUAAUUCAAGGAAUAAGUCACAAAAGGACAAAACGCUCCCGGGGAAUAUUUGGUAUAUUAAAAGAUUUCAUGUUCGGGGGAGACGACAUAGACGAGCAAUUAGCAGCCUUCAGAGCAGCAGAGGAUACAAAAAUUACACAUGUGUCCGAACGUUUGACCCAAACAAAUAAAAAACACAAUGAGUUAACAGAAAAUUUACGUCACCGAAUAGACAAACUCUAUGAUGGUAUAGAUGUUCUCAGCAAAGAAUUUAAGCAUAACAAAAAUGAAGUUCUAACAAAGUACAUACAAGAAACGAUCAUGCUUACAACCGCUCUAGUACAAGACAUGAUAAAUAAGUAUCACGAAAUAGAUUCAAACCAAUUAUAUUUAGAGGAUGAAGAGAUGUUAAAACAAACUAUACGAAGAAAGAUGGCAAGUCAUUAUAAUGUUUUAGAAUACUCGGAAAUAACCAAUAGGAGGAUAGAAAAUGGUGAAAUAGUCUUUUCUAUCAAAAACGUAAUUGUAUCGAUAGAAAAUUACGAGAUGUUUAAAGUCAUAGCCAUUCCAAACUUUGCUAAUUAUACGAUUUUAGACAUACACGAAAAUACAAUAGCCAUCAACGAAACUAGUUACUUAUACCCGAAGGAAAUUGUUAAACUGAACGAAUCGCAUUACAUAUCUUCUGAGAAAAUAAUACAACGAGAACCAGACUGCAUAGCAUCAGCAUUACUACACACAGAAAGUGGUACCAGAUGUAGUUCAAAGGAAAUAGGGCCAGAAGUCACUGAAUUUAUACAACUUACAAAUCCAAACAGUAUUCUGUUCUUCUCUACCAACCCUGAUAAGAUAUUACUAAAAUGUAAUAAAACACUCACUACACCAAGCUGCUCAAUCGGAAUCAUAACCUUGUCACUAGACUGUAGCAUUUUGACGAGCAAGUUCGAAAUACAACCGACGAUGCUAAUAAAAUCUGAGCAAGUUAGAGCAUAUUUUAAACCCAUGUUAAAUUUAAGCAUAUCAAAAGAAGAUAAGUCUAACGAAGUAGAAUCAGUAACCAGUAACUAUGUACUCUUCUCGAUAACCAUACUAAGUGUUUCUAUUACGGUCAUCUUGGUUUCCGCGAUGUUAAUCAAGAAAUAUCUAAAACAAAAUAUUGGUCCUCCUCCAUGCAGGCCACCCACUUUAAACCUAGAAUUGUAACUCCCCUACGAGGAUUUACGGGGGGAGGGAUGUCGCUGACGACAAUUUAGGCUUAAAAAACAAAGCGUUGCUAGGUCAAUAAAUGCUGACUAGCUAUGUUAUGCAACGCGCCAGCGAUGCGCGCUGGUUUAACGAUUAAAUGGAAAAAUAGGCUAAGAAGAAUAGAUUAAGAAGAAUAUGCUGAUCGACGACGGUCAGCAUUUUUAGAGUAUAAAAUCAAUUGAAUAAAUUAAUGAAGCCAUUACUUGCCAAGAA